CACGUGACAGUUCAACAUGGCGUUACACUGGAGGAGUUUGUUGCGAUUUCGCUCAAAAACACGGCUGCUGAUCAUCUUCACCUUCUGCCUGACUGUCAUUCACAGCCUGGGGAAUGAUGUGGACAACUGCGAUAAACUGCAGCUGGGACAAUAUCCUUUCAAAACAGCAGCUCAUGUAUGUGUGUAAAGAACCCAAAAUAGAUGAUGCAACUCAAGAACCAGAAAACUGCAAGGACCGGUUGGCUUGGGUGGAAUGUCUACCAGCUCCAAACAUCAGCUGUCGGCUGUCAAAUGGAACACAGUUUAAAUUCAGCGGUGAAGAGGUCGGGUUCAACAAAAGCAUCCCGUGUCGAAAUGUGAGUGGUUACUCAUACAAAGUAGCUCUUGCGUUGUCACUCUUCUUGGGAUGGAUUGGGGCAGAUCGGUUUUACUUGGGAUAUCCAGCCUUGGGCCUGUUGAAAUUCUGCACUGUGGGGUUCUGUGGAAUUGGAAGCUUAGUGGACUUCAUGUUGAUAUCCAUGCAGAUCGUGGGUCCAUCAGAUGGGUCGGAUUACAUUGUGGACUACUACGGGGCACGCCUCACCCGUCUUACGAUAACAAACGAGACCUACAGAAGAAAGCAGCUCUCUCCGUGAAGACACCAGGUGGAUCCCAAUGAGAUGACCCACCAAAUAUACAGGACCGUGUUAUGUAAAUCCCAUCCUUUCUUUGGAUAUGUAUUUGCCGUUUCCAAACACGAAGACAAAUGGACAUGCCAAACUAUGCUCUGGGAAAGACUAGUCCAUAUCUGGAGUCUGCAAACAUGGCUCAUGCAUGUGCUGAGUUAGCGCUGGUCCCUUUGUCCAAGUUCUGCUCGUAUCCUGGUGUAGCUGUUUUUUCCACCGUCCUCUAUCACUCUCUCUCUCCAUCAAUCUGUCUCUUCCUUUGAGUCAUGCUGCUGGAAUGUCAUCCAUCUUUUGUUUCUUUUCAUUCCUGUCCUCACUAGCUUCUUAUGCCUGGGCCUCGUAUGAUGUUUUGAUGUUAUUUAAACACUGUAAAUAAAGUUUUACCAUCA